CCCACACUCAUAGGCCAAACCAUCCACAUUUAUAACCCUAUCAUUCGUGCAUGCACAAACAAUUUCUCGUUUUCGAUAUGGCCAUGUUUCUUCUCUAUGCAACCUUAUUAGCAUCAUUCCUUUGCUCCCUAUACUUCUUCCAUCGCAGAACACAAUGCAUACACCCCCUCUUGAGAGAUUACUUCAUUCUCGGCAUGCUACCGCCGGUGCUCUUCAACCUGUGGAGGAUCCAUGAUUUUAUCACUGAGGUUCUGAAACUUCGUGGUGGCACCGGGGAGUUCAAAGGGCCAUGGUUCACCAAAAUGAACUAUUUGAUCACUUGUGACUCCCUCAACGUGCAACACAUGCUGUGCAAGCGCUUCGACAACUACAUCAAGGGACCCGAGUUUCGUGAGAUUUUCGAACCCUUCGGAGAUGGGGUUGUCACUGCCGAUUCAGAGACAUGGAAGUACUUCAGAACCGUUCUCCAUUCUUUGAUCAAACAAAGAAGGUUCGAAAUGUUUGUUGAUCAAACAGUUCAGAAGAAAGUGUACACAAGCCUGCUUCCGAUAUUGGAUCAUGCACAACAACAAGGAAGAGUGGUGGAUCUUCAGGAUAUCUUCAACCGAUUCACAUUCGAUAACAUAUGCUCCACAAUCGUAGGACACGAUCCUAAGUGUCUUUCCAUUGACUUUCCCGAAGUUGCGAUCGAAAAGGCUUUUAAUGAGUGUGAAGAGUCGAUAUUCUACAGACACGUAGUGCCGGGAAGUGUUUGGAAGCUCCAAAAAUGGCUCAAAAUUGGUCAAGAGAAGAAGAUGACAGAGGCGUGCAGAACGUUUGACGAUUUCAUAUAUUCAUGCAUAGCGUCCAAGCGAGAAGAGUUAAGCAAGUGCAGCAGAGAAGAAACGGAGGAAGCUCCUUUUGACUUGCUUACUGCUUUGAUCACAGAAGAGAGAGGACGUUUGCAUGAUGACAAGUUUCUAAGAGAUGAUGCGUUUAACUUCUUUGUUGCAGGGAGAGAAACCAUGACUUCAGCUCUUACGUGGUUCUUUUGGCUUAUUGCUAAACACCCUUUAGUGGAAGCCAAGAUUCUUGAAGAGAUCAGAGAUCAUUUUAAGACAGAUGAAAAGAAAAACGAUGACUGUCGUGACCAAGGUUUUCAUGAGGACCAUCAUGAUCAUAAUCUUGAUCAAGAACAGUAUCUGGAGAAAUCUCUAUCUGGGAAAGUUUUGGGCAUGCAAGAGGUGAAAAAGCUGGUUUAUCUGCAUGGUGCUUUGUGUGAAGCUCUGAGACUUUUCCCUCCAGUACCCAUUGAACGGAAGCAAGCAGUUAAAGCCGACACUCUUCCAAGUGGGCAUAGAGUAAAUGGCAAUACAAUGAUAAUGUUUUCUCUGUAUGCGAUGGGAAGGUGUGAAGAGAUAUGGGGAAAAGAUUGUUUGGAGUUCAAGCCAGAAAGAUGGAUAUCUGAGAGAGGAGAAAUAGUUUAUGCACCAGCUUACAAAUUCAUUGCUUUUAAUGCAGGACCAAGAAUCUGUUUAGGUAAAGAUUUGGCGUUUCUCCAAAUGAAGAUGGUGGCUGCUGCUACUUUGAGGAAGUACUGUUUCAAAGUGGUGGAAGAUCAUGUUGCAACUCCAACACAUUCCAUUGUUCUUCUCAUGAAGAACGGUUUGAAGGCUAGGAUAAUGAAAAGAGAAGUUUGAUGCAACAAAAUCUCCAAUGAACUUGUCGGGUUGUUUAUUUUCUAUUUUUAAGUUAGACAAAUCCGUGACAUUUGAUGGUAAAAGUACGUUAUACAAUGAAAGUGUGCUUAUUUGGAUACAGUGUAAGGAUGUUUUAUUAUGUAUUCAAUAAUUUUACAGUUAAAUGUAUUUACUGGGGUGAGAAAA